CCUCCUAAUACCCCUUCAAUUAAGCUUGAGGGAGGACGCAGAAAGGAGAGAAGGGGACAGAUAGACGGAGGCGCGUAACAGAGCGCUUGGAAAAAUAAGGAUCAAGCUGAGACACUUCACUAAGGCAUGAGAUUUGCGUAAGACAGCAUCUUCAGGAGGAUUCCGUUCAAGUGCCCCCUUUUUGUUCUGAAAGAAGUUUAAUAAAGAAGUGGAUUGUGACAUAACGAUUACAAUGGGCUCCAAAAGGCACCGUUCAAAGACUUCAGCGUCUUCUCACAACCCGAACUGCUCUCCAAUGGGACUUUCUCUCUUGAUUCUUCUACCUUUGUCUGUUGCCUUCAACUUGGAUGUGGAGAACCCAGCGGUGUAUAACGGACCCAACGGUAGUUACUUCGGGUACUCGGUGGACUUUUAUAUGACUGAGUCAAGUGUGAGUAUUAUAGUUGGAGCACCCAAAGCCAACACCAGUCAGCCCAACAUCAGAGAAGGAGGAUCAGUCUUCUACUGUCCAUGGAGCCUCAGCCAAUUACAAUGUAGCAGCAUAGAGUUCGAUAGUCAGGGAGAUCUAAACGUGACUGUAAAUGAAACAGUGCAUCAAGGAGAGUUCAAAUCCCAUCAGUGGUUUGGCGCAACAGUACGAGUGCAUAAAGAUAGUGUGCUGGCUUGUGCCCCCCUCUACUCAUGGAGAACCGUGGAGGAAAAGCCUAAUGCUCAUUUUCAUAAUCAUGCUGAAUAUAAUGCUGACGCUACUGGCUCAUGUUUUCUGUCCGUCAAAAACUUCACUAAGUUUGUGGAAUACGCUCCAUGUCGCACAGAAUUCCAUGGAGAAAAAGGACAAGGCUACUGCCAAGGUGGAUUCAGUGCUGAUUUUACUCAGGAAGGGAAGUUGGUGCUUGGAGGACCUGGCAGUUACUUCUGGCAAGGCCAAUUGAUCACUGCGGUUAAAGAAGAAAUCAUCAAAGCCUAUUACCCAGGAUACUUCUUGACAUCAGUGUACGGCCAGAUUCAGACCAAACAGUUUAAAGAGAUCUCAUCUGAUGACAACUACAUGGGUUACUCAGUGGCUGUGGGUGAGUUCAGUGGUGAUGAUGAUGAAGACUUUGUGACUGGAGUUCCCAGGGGAGUCAGACUGCAUGGACAGGUUUCCAUUCUCAAUGGCUCUCUGCACACGCUGAAGACCUUCACUGGUGAGCAGAUGGGUUCCUACUAUGGCUACGCAGUGGCUGUUACUGACAUAAACAAUGACGGAAUGACAGACCUGCUAGUUGGUGCUCCCAUGUUCAUGGUUCGUGACUCUGAUGGGAGGUUAGAAGAGUUGGGUCGGGUCUAUGUCUACUUGCAGAAUGGACCUCUGGAUCUCACACCUCAGCUACCUCACCUCACCGGCACACACACGUUUGGCCGGUUUGGCAGCUCCAUUACCCCUCUCGGGGACCUCAACCAAGAUGGUUACAAUGAUGUGGCCAUCAGCUGUCCGUUUGGUGGGGAAAACAAACAAGGAUUGGUGCUCAUCUAUAACGGACAUGCUGGAGGACUCAGGGAAAAGCCUUCUCAGGUGAUCGUUGGCCAAUGGGCUUCUGCUCUACCAUCAGCGCUACCUGCCAGUUUUGGUUACGCCCUUCGUGGAGGCAAAGACCUGGAUAACAAUGGCUACCCAGAUCUCAUUGUUGGUGCAUUUGGUGUGGACACAGCCGUUCUUUACCGGUCUCGUCCCAUUGUGAACACCAGUGCCACCUUAACUGUCUCUCCAACUAUGAUUAAUCCUGAGGAGAAAGUCUGCUCCAUAAGCCGUGGGAACGAGACCCAGCAUGUGUCCUGUGUCAACCUGAGCUUUUGCCUCUCAGCCAAUGGGAAGCACCUACCAAAUAAUCUCGAGUUUAACAUCGAAGUUCAGCUGGACCGUCUGAAGCAGCAGCAGAAGGGGGCCGUACGGAGAGCUCUGUUUUUCGACACCCAGCUUCCAGCUAUGCAAUGGACAAUGAAAAUGCCAAAUGGAGGCAAAUGGUGCCGCGAUACUAAGAUCUACUUGCGGGAUGAGAAGGACUUCAGGGAUAAGUUGUCUCCCAUUUUCGUUGCGCUCAACUUCAGCCUGAACCCUCAAGCCGCAGCAGACAGACACGGCCUGCGGCCCAUCCUCAACUACCAGACGGCGGAGCUCAUCGAACAGAAAGCCCAGAUUUUAUUGGACUGCGGAGAGGACAACAUCUGCGUCCCUGACCUGAAACUCUCCGUGCACGGGGACAGGAAGGAAGUGUACAUGGGCGAUGACAACUCUCUGACCCUGACUUUCAACGCAAAGAACGAUGGAGGCGGAGCUUACGAAGCCGAGCUGUAUGUGGUCUUGCCACCAGAGGCCGACUACAGCGGAAUAGCCCGCAAUAACGAGAGUCUGACCCAACUGACCUGCAGUUAUGAGACGGAAAAUCAGACCCGUUACCUCAGCUGUGACCUGGGGAACCCCAUGAAAUCUGGCACCAGCUUAUGGGCUGGACUGCGAUUCACAGUACCACGUCUCAAGGACACACACAGAUUUGUACAGUUUGACCUACAGAUCCGCAGUAAGAAUGAGAAUAACUCCCAGAGUGAAGUCGUCCCCUACAAGUUGGAGGUGGUGGUCCAGUCUGAUGUUAUUCUUCAGGGUGUCUCCCGACCAGACAAGGUCUUCUUUCCCCCUCCGAACUGGAAGUUGACCAAGAAUGUAAUGGUUGAACAGGAUGUCGGACCCUCCGUCCAGCACACUUAUGAGUUGGUGAACAACGGGCCGAGCCGCAUCAGUCAUACUCUACUGCAGCUCAAAUGCCCCAUGAGACUUCAAAGUAACAAGUUCAUUUACCCGCUGGAGGUCAUGACGGAGGGCCCUGUUAACUGCACCACCCACAACAUAAUCAAUCCCUUGAACCUCAAGCUUCAGCAGUCUUCUACCGAGCAGCCUCCUUUACGUGACGCGACACAGGAACACCACAUCGAGAAGAGGGAAACACACAAGGCCGAGAUGCCUCAACUGACCAAUCUGUCUUGCUCCAGUGUGGAUUGCUGGACUCUAACGUGUAACGUUGGCCUGUUGGAGCGAGGGAUGAGUGCCAUACUGCAUGUUCGCUCACGAAUCUGGGCCGAAACAUUUAUGGAGAAUCCUUAUAAAAGCUUUACGCUGGAGUGCCUUGCUAGUUACAAGGUGGAAAAGAUGCCAUAUGCCAUUUUGCCCAAGGUGACUCCUAGCGGUGCUAAAAAGCUGGUCACUCCUGUGGUCUGGAAUAAGCCAGACAGUACAUAUGCUGUUCCUCUGUGGAUCAUCAUUCUGGCUAUUCUGGCCGGCCUUCUUCUGCUCGCACUGCUGAUCUACGUCCUCUACAAGCUCGGCUUCUUCAAGAGAACUCCGUACGGCACCGCCAUGGAAAAAGCCCAGCUCAAACCUCAGGCUGCAUCCGAGGCCUAAACUACACAAGAGCAUUCAGAGAACACGUCCCAAAGAAUGUUCUUAACCAGAGCUCAUCCAAAGAGAAGGUUACUUGCUGUUUAACAAAGACUAAGACUAGACUGCAGUAGAGGAAUAUGGAGGAAAGAUCACUGGAUCUUCACUGUACUGCACUAGAUGACGAGACCCUGAGGACUUAAAGCCAAAUGAAUGUUGACAGUUUAUUUUAUCUUUAUUGAUUUUUCUUGAUGUGGGUUUCUUUUUUUUUUUUCUUUUUUUUUUAACCACCGCUAGCCUACCACUCACAAACAGUUUGAGUUGAUCUUAACCAAAGCUCAGGUUCACUUGCCUUGCCUGGCAGCCUGCUAAAAGAGAAAACGGCAGCAAAUGCCCAAGACAGACACAAUCUGCACUAAUAUUAAGAGUAUCGUUUCAAUUUUUAACAAUUUCACUUAAUCCACAGUGUAGCAUUUUACAUUUUUUGCGUGUUAUUACACUAAACACACACGUUUAAACAAAAAAAAAAAAAAGGUUUAUGCAGUAUUUCACAACCAACCAGAGAUACUGAUACAGUUUUUGUUCAUUUAUUGUGUUUUGAAAGUGAGAAUGAGGUAGUUGGAUACCUCACCAUGGACCCUCAUCUCCAUUUACCUGCUGUCUUUUUUUCUCUCUCUCUUUUUUUUUUUUUUUUAUGAAGACAUUUAAAUGUUUUUAUGUUAUGUCAUGUGAUUUCUAAUGGAAAGGGUUUUCACUUUGAAUGAGAUGUUUUCAGCUCAGUCACCUCUGUAUCUUCCAAAGAAAACAAGCCAAGUUGGUUUCACUCUCAGGUGAUGGUGAUCGAGUCACGCAUUUCCGCGGUAAAUAUAGUUAGGAUCCAUCGCGGAAGGCGACCGUUCUUCCCUACUGAAUGUCAGCCGUUUCUGUCCUGUUAUCUUAGUGGUAGCGAGCGGCAACGUUGUCUUAAAAGUCAUCUGGGACACAACUGGAUCCGCACCGAGCCUGUGAAACCUCGCCAAUGCCUUGAAGCAGAGCUGUGCUUUGCCAUUACACUAACAGACUCUUGGGCCAAAGAGCAGAAGGGUCGUCCCUCCAAACUUCUGUGGGUGAACGGAGAACCACUGUGGACUUGAACGGAGAUUUCCGCAAAGUCCAUUUGUUGACUUGCGGACUGAAAGCAAACCUCUUCCAAGGCAGUAGGCCUCAUCCAGGGACUGAAUGUUGAAAUACACCUGUAUACUUUUUGUUUUGUCUGUUUCGUAUGUGUGUCUUUGUGUUCGCGUAUGGAUGUGAGGAAAUGAGAUUUUUGGUUUUUGUGGAGUGCCACAGUCAGUGUGGAAAUGCCUCCGUACAUCAUGGUGCUGAAGUGGCCGAAUCGGACAGGAAGUAACUGCAAUCGUGAAUCUCCUGUUUCAGUGAGCCACCUAGAAAGGGAAAGCAGCUGGAACUGUGGGAUGCGUAGGAAAUCUGUAUGGAAGUGCAAUAUUGUUGUAUUUGUUUUUUUUGUUUUUUUUAAAUUUUUUUUCAAGUUCAUUUCAACUUGUUUUGUCAUGUGCAAAUAUUAAUACUUUAUUUUAGUAAAGUUCUCAGAAAUAAGGAUUAUUUGAAGACAACACCCAGUUCGAGGGUUGAAAUUAGCCCAGAUGUUUAGAUAAUUUAAAAAAGUGUAAUGCUGUAGUCUAAAAAUAAAGAAACAUGAUUCACUUGCCAGUAAGAUCCAAAAAAAAUGUGAACAUGUCAGUUCAGUAAUUGACCACAAACAGUCUUUUUGUCAAAUCUAAACAUCAUUUAUUGUAUAUGCAGGUUUUAGUAACCAAAUACGGUUGUUUGAAUUGGUACACAACCAAAAACUGACACAUAAACACCACUUGAAUUUCUCUUUUGUACAUUUUCAAAAAUUAUUUAUUCCUCCGAAAGUUAGAUUUUAGUCUUGAGAUUUUUGUAUUUUAAGCGGGAGGAAACACUGGGUAUGUCUUCAUUUUUUUUUUCUUUUUUUUCUUUUUUUUAAAAACUGCCCCAAACCCCGUUUGUGUUUUUGAGUUGUAAAUAUGUUUGGUGAGGAGAUUAUUUUUAAUUUUCAGCUGAUACUGAUUUGACGUAUUUCAUCGCCCCAUAUUGGGGAGAAUCAGAGGGAUGUUCAAGUAAUUAUUUGUAUUUACAAUUUGCAUUUUAAAAUAAAUCUUUCAGUUUUUUUUU